GAGGCAAAGGUAAACAAACGCCGAGUGUUGCAGAAGGUCAUGCAAUUAUUCCUCCCCGAAGCUUGAUGAUGUGUGAAAAGUCCGGAAGGAGAGAAAGAAUAACAGGAACAUAUUAACUGCUGUCUCACAAACUGAAGAUGCCACAACCACGACCCCCAGGCAGCCUGAAGGAGCAGUGUGUCCGUAAUAUCACAGUCAACAUGGACAGCUUUUGGUGCCAAGACUAUAUCAAGAACUGGCUCGAUCAGAGUAAGAGCCUCAUCUUCAUUCUCGGACCUUUUGAGGAUUUGCCAAGUACGUUAAUCGAGUUAAUAAUUGAGGAGCUGAAUGCUUCUGGAAAGCUCAGGAAGCACCACCUUCAUCUCCUACUUCUGUACCACCUGGAGCGGCUUAAGCUGAGCCGGGAGACCUCAGAGUUCAGCUACAUCUUGUCCCUCUUGGCUCAGCGUUGCAAAAAAUUACGUCACUUAGGACUAAAGAGUAGGAAUCUACCUCGCAAAAUGGUGAAUGAAAUAUUCAUCAACUUAGAACUCCUGCAGACUGUUGACUUAUCCCAGACUAAUGUGGCUGACCAGACCCUGAGUGUCAUUGGUGCAUAUUCCAAACACAUAAGAGUUCUUAAUUUAGCAGACACAGAUGUGACUGACAUUGGUAUAUCAAGUUUAUGUCACGACAUGAAGGUGUCUAAGAAAACAGACAUAUCAAGAUCUCUGCUGAAGAUGGAUCUAUAUGGAACAGUGGUAACUCCUAAAGGGAUUCAGUGUGCCUUGAUUAAUAUGCCAAAUUUAAAGGAGAUUGUGCAUUCUACUGUGUUAUUUUCUGUGUCAAAGUUAGUUGAAAGUAGAAAGAGAAUGGCUGAGGAAGCAUCAGUCCUUGGUGGCGUCGUACCAGAGUUGGGGCCCCUGCAACUACGGGCCUUGCAGAGUGAUGAAUUUGGCAGUGGAGCCUACGGGGUCUUUGCAGAUGGAGAACACAUUGCCUCGGCCUUGAAGGUUUGUCCCUCAGUUCAGUAUCUGUACCUCAGAGAUAUUAGUAAUGUGGAGAGUAACACCUUCUUACCUAUUUUAAAUCUAGAGAAUGUGAUAGAUCUAGUAUUAACAUUGACUGAGGACGUUCACGUUGAUUUUUAUAAAGAAAUUAUGCCUCUUCUUCAGCAUCAUGGAGAGAGCUUACGGCGUCUGCAUUUACAAAAUGUGCAGAAUAUUAAUGUAGAACUUAUAGGCCAUCUAUGUCCAGAACUGCACACUUUGGAGCUUGAUGGAAAUAAUACUUACUGUCAUAGUAACCUUGUGUCCAAAGAGUUCAAAAACAAAAAGAUCAAGCCAAAGUUCAGUCACCUUAAGAGUGUCAUCCUGAGCCGUGUCCCAAAUGACAUUGUGGAAUCUAUAGAGUUCCAGAUCCCAGCAGAAUCCCUGAGACUUACUCUUGGAUCCCCUCUGUUGGAAAAGGUUUCUGUGAUGGGUCAGGACCUCCUCUCCAAUGAAAUUCUUUUAGACGUCAUGCAUACGACAAAACUUCCCCAUCUUGGUUUUCUAAGUUUUACACUCUGCAAUAACAUAGACAGUGCACCAAUUUGGACAUUACUUCAUCUGAAUAAUCCACUUUCUGAGUUAAAUCUUAUUGAUUGUCAAGAGAUUACAUUUGGUGAUUAUAAUGGGUUCAAGAAAUAUGUGAAGAAAAACAAACUUACAUUAAAAAUUUCAUGGGCAUGAUGUGCUUACUAUUGUAUAAUGUGUGUAAGUGAACAAAAGCAGAAAUGAUCAUGUAGAAAGGAGGAGACAACAUACCCUUUCUAUAAAAAUUGUCAGGUGAAAAGAUUGGUGAUAGUAAGAUUAGCAAAUUUUAAUAUUCUUUUGCAGAAUUAUGGCAUUUGUAUUUCUGAAAAAUAAAUUAUUUAAAUUAUUAUAUGUAGGUAGGUUUGUUAAAACAAAUUUUCUGUUACUAUGUGAUGUGAUUGUACAAAAUAUUGAUUAAGUCACUAGGAUAAAUAGAUUUACUUGCACUUGCAGUCACAUUCAUACUCAUCAUCAUAUUUCUGCUCAUACUCAUAAACUUAGACUCUCUCAUAUUUCUGUAACACAGGCACAA